UGUGAAGUGCGGUGCAGGGCCAGCGGUGGGCAGUGACAGGGAGGGUGCCGUGCUGGCCGUGGCUGUCAAGUGACCGAGAAGACCCUGCCCCAGCCCGCCCCAGCCCACCAUGGCGGCCACCAGUUCCUACAGCAGCGAGCGGCCGCCCUCCGUGGACGCUGACUACUCGGCGGACCCGGCCUCGGGGAGCUUCUUCAGCACCGAGUAUAAAAAGCAUGAGGACCUCAAGCAGAUGCUGGACAGCAACAAGGACGGACUCAAGCUGGAGGCCAUGAAGAGGAUCAUCGGGAUGGUAGCGAAGGGCCGUGACGCCUCUGAGCUGUUCCCGGCGGUGGUGAAGAACGUGGUGAGCGCUAACCUGGAGGUGAAGAAGCUGGUGUAUGUGUACCUGGUGCGCUAUGCCGAGGAGCAGCAGGACCUGGCGCUGCUGUCCAUCUCCACCUUCCAGCGAGCCCUCAAGGACCCCAACCAGCUGAUCCGCGCCUGUGCCCUGCGAGUGUUGUCCAGCAUCCGCGUGCCGGUCAUCGUGCCCAUCAUGAUGCUCUCGAUCAAGGACGCUGUGGCCGACAUGUCCCCCUACGUUCGCAAGACUGCCGCCCACGCUAUACCCAAGCUGUACAACCUUGACCCGGAUCAGAAGGAGGAGCUGAUACAGGUCAUUGAGAAGCUGCUGUCGGACAAAACCACGCUGGUCGUCGGCUCGGCAGUGAUGGCGUUUGAAGAGGUGUGCCCCGAGAGGAUUGACCUGAUCCACAAGAACUACCGCAAGCUGUGCAACCUGCUGGUGGACGUGGAGGAGUGGGGUCAGGUCAUCAUCAUCAACAUGCUCACCCGCUACGCCCGCACGCAGUUCCUCAACCCUAACGCCGGGGCUGACGUGGAUGAGAAGGAGCGGCCAUUCUACGAGGACGAGGAGGAGGACGGGGAGAUGGAUGAAGAGGAGAUGGAGCGCCGCCCUAAGCCCAUGGACCAGGACCACCGCCUCCUGCUCAGGAACGCCAAGCCCCUCUUGCAGAGCCGCAACACCGCUGUGGUGCUGUCGGUAGCCCAGCUGUACCAACACAUCGCGCCGCGGCCGGAGGUGUCCCUGGUGGCGAGGGCGCUGGUGAGGCUGCUGCGCUCUCACAGGGAGGUGCAAGCGGUCGUGCUCACCAACAUUGCCUCCAUGUCCACCCGCAGGAAGGCCAAAGCAUAUAGGGAGGAAAAAGACAUGUUUGAGCCCUACCUUAAGAGCUUCUUCGUGCGUUCCAGCGACCCAACGCACAUCAAGUCUCUCAAGCUGGAGGUGCUGACCAACCUUGCCACGGACACCAACAUCGCCGUCAUCCUGCGGGAGUUCCAGACCUACAUCGGCUCCUCGGACAAGGAGUUUGUGGCGGCCACCAUCCAGGCCAUCGGCAGGUGUGCAUCCAACAUCCGCGAGGUAACGGACACCUGCCUCAGCGGCCUCGUCAGCCUCCUGUCCAACCGGGAUGAGUCGGUGGUGGGCGAGAGCGUGGUGGUGAUCCGCAAACUGCUUCAGAGCGAGACGGUGGGCCACAAGGACAUCAUCCGACACAUGGCGCGCCUCAUGGACAAGAUCAAGAUCCCCAUGGCCCGCGCCAGCAUCCUGUGGCUCCUCGGCGAGUACUGCGACAAGGUGCCCAAGAUCGCCCCGGACGUGCUCAGGAAGAUGGCAAAGACCUUCACGGCGGAGGACGACAUCGUCAAACUCCAGAUCCUGACACUCGCCACCAAGCUCUACCUCACCAACCCCAAGCAGACUCGCCUCCUCUGUCAGUAUGUCUACAACCUGGCCAAGUACGACACCAACUACGACAUCCGUGAUCGCGCCCGCCUCACCCGCGCCCUCGUCUUCCCCUCCCAGGGACACGAGGACAACAAGCUCGCCAGGCACGCUAAGAAGAUAUUCCUCGCCACCAAGCCUCCGCCCGUCCAGCAGAGCAGCUUCAAGGACCGGGACCAGUUUCAGCUGAGCACACUGUCGCACCUCAUCAACGCCCGCGCCACAGGGUACCAGGACCUCCCGGACUUCCCCAUGGAGGCGCCAGACCCCAGCCUGCGUUGCGUGGAGUUGCCGGUUGUCGUCACCCCGGAGAACCACCACCGGCCUGCCUACCAAUCCCGCAACACCUCCAAGGCUAAGAAGGCUGAGUCAUUCUACUCCGACGAAAGCUCUCCCGGCGACGUCAGCGAUGAGAGUGAGAGCGAGAGUGACACUGACAGCGAUAGUGAUAGUUCGGACAGCAGCUCCAGCGAUGAGGAGGAGGACGAGGAGUCUGAGAGUGAGGAGGAAGAGGAGGAGGAGGAGAAGGGUAAGAAGAAGGGUUCCGUGGAGGUGAAGAAGCAUGUACUGAGGAAACGUGAAUCAUCCGAGUCGUCAGGAACGGAGGACUCAGACUCAUCCACGGCCUCAUCCAGCGAGUCAGAGAGUGAGAAUGAGUCGGAGAGCUCGCCCGAAACCUCCGAGGACGACUCCAAGAAGAAGAAAAAGACCAAACCCGAGAGUGGGAAACCGGGUCAGGGUCAGGUCGGAGGGGCCAAACGCAGCAACCUUGACCUCCUCCUUGACCUGGCAGACUCCCCGCCGACCAUGGACACGCCCCUCCUCACUCCUUCCCUGGGCGGCCUCCUCACCCCCUCCCCAUCCACCCAGUUGCCGUCCCUUCCCCCUGGUGCGUCGAUCCAGCCCGCCUCGGCCAAGUUCAUCCCGGUGGCCAGUCAGGAGCUUCUAAAUAGGAUCAGUGGUGGAGGUCUCAGCGUCUCAUGUCGGUUCACGCGUUCGCCGCACCUGUACUCCCCGCGCAUGACCUCCAUCGAGCUGUCCUUCACCAACAGCGGCACAGAGGAGAUCAGGGACAUUAGCGUGGCCGCCAAGAAGCUGGCCCCCGGCAUGACCCUGCAUGAGUUUGCCGGAAUUGCCGUUAUUGCGCCUGACACGACCCUCUGUGGUACCCUUGGGAUUGACUUCAAUGACUCGACACAGCCAGCGAGCUUCGACCUGGGGGCUGGCGGGAGGACGUUCAGUCUGAGCAUCGCAGCGCCGGUCGGGGAGCUGCUCAACCCCCUGGCCAUGAGUGAGGCGGACUUCAACCUCAACCAGAGCAAGCUGCGGGGCAUGAAUGAGCUAAGCGGCCCCGUGGGUGUGUCGGCCAGCCAGCCCCCGGCCAGCACCAUUGUGGACAAGAUCUACGAGACGGCCAACAUCCUGCAAGUCCAGAGCCCCGCUGCCGACACCCUCAAGUUCGGGGGACAGACAGCAUCGGGCAAGGCUCUGGUGCUGGUGUCGGUGUUCCUCUCGGAUAGCGGCACGGAGUCCUUGGUGACGGUGAACUGUGAGAAGAUGGUCAUAUCCUCUAUGCUGCUUAAGGAGAUACAGUCGGCCCUCAAGAGUAUAUAAGUAAGCCUUAGUCGUAUGUGUCGUCGCCGAGGGACUUGCCGAAUGUACUCGUGUGGAAGUCAAUAGCAUGUGAAGGUUGAUUCCUGAAGGCUAGUAUAUAUGAAGCUGGUUCUAUUGAUGUCUUGAAAGAGAAGUCAGAGGAAGGAGGAAAUAUAGAGGAAAGUGUUCCCAGAAUUUAUAUGAGAGAGGUGAAAGAAUGAAUAGCCUCUGAAGUCUAGUGUACAUUGAGUUCAUGCUAUAGAUGUUUUGAAAGAGUUUUAAGUCAUAGGAAGGAGGAAUUACAUAAGAGAGAAGGUGUUUGUAGAAGGAGGAAUUACAUAACAAAGAAGGUGUUUGUAGAAGGAGGAAUUACAUAAGAAAGGUGUUUGUAGAAGGAGGAAUUACAUAGGAAAGAAGGUGUUUGUAGAAGGAGGAAUUACAUAACAAAGAAGGUGUUUGUAGAAGGAGGAAUUACAUAAGAAAGGUGUUUGUAGAAGGAGGAAUUACAUAAGAAAGGUGUUUGUAGAAGGAGGAAUUACAUAAGAAAGGUGUUUGUAGAAGGAGGAAUUACAUAAGAAAGGUGUUUGUAGAAGGAGGAAUUACAUAAGAAAGGUGUUUGUUGAAGGAGGAAUUACAUAAGAAAGGUGUUUGUAGAAGGAGGAAUUACAUAAGAAAGGUAUUUGUCGAAGGAGGAAUUACAUAAGAAAGGUGUUUGUAGAAGGAGGAAUUACAUAAGAAAGGUGUUUGUAGAAGGAGGAAUUACAUAAGAAAGAAGGUGUUUGUAGAAGGAGGAAUUACAUAAGAAAGAAGGUGUUUGUAGAAGGAGGAAUUACAUAAGAAAGAAGGUGUUUGUAGAAGGAGGAAUUACAUAAGAAAGAAGGUGUUUGUAGAAGGAGGAAUUACAUAAGAAAGGUGUUUGUAGAAGGAGGAAUUACAUAAGAAAGGUGUUUGUAGAAGGAGGAAUUACAUAAGAAAGAAGGUGUUUGCAGAGUUUAUAUGAGAAUGAGAUGAAAAAAUAUAGGCUCUUGCAUCAGGAACUCGGGAAUCAUCUUGUAACAGUCAACUCCAGAACAUUAGUAUACAUUAAGUUGAUGUUAUAGAUAUCUUGAUGCUCCCCACAUGGAAGAGUUGAAUGUCACAUAAAAGUCAACCCCACAGGAGGAAUGGGAGCAUGAAGUUGACGGAUAUAUUUAACCCUUAGUAAAAUAUUAUCCGUGGAAAAGUUCGAUCCAUUAGAAGUAUAAAAUGUGACUCUUAGAAAAAUGUAAUGCAUGGAAAAGUCUGACCCCUUAAGAAUAUAAUUAAGAAACUGACUGAGGAAAGUACGAGUAUUAUCUAUGGAAAAGUCUGACCCCUUAAGAAUAUAAUUAAGAAACUGACUGAGGAAAGUACGAGUAUUAUCUAUGGAAAAGUCUGACCCCUUAAGAAUAUAAUUAAGAAACUGACUGAGGAAAGUACGAGUAUUAUCUAUGGAAAAGUCUGACCCCUUAAGAAUAUAAUUAAGAAACUGACUGAGGAAAGUACGAGUAUUAUCUAUGGAAAAGUCUGA